AUGUCUCUCUGGGAUACCCUGACGGGCAAGAAGUCCUCGUCACAAACCCCCUCAUCGACUGCGCCGCCACCCACCACACAGUCACCACCCACCAGCACCGGCUAUGCCUCCUCCCCAGCUCCCUUCGACCCAACCCAGGCCCAGGGUGUUGAGCAGUUCCUCGGCACCUCUUCUUUCGCCGACCCAACACAACUACAUGCCUUCGCUGGCAUCGACAAGGACACACUCGACUACCUCAGCCUCGAAGACUCUGCCCUCACAGACCUCCCCGGUGGCCAGUCGGUACUGCCAUCCCGCGGCUUCACAGACGAUCUCUGCUACGGCACCGGUGUGACCUACCUGGCAGGUCUGACAUUAGGAGGUGCUUGGGGUCUACAAGAAGGAUUGAGGAGGUCGGCCGACCAGCCGCCAAAGCUGCGGUUGAACACGGUGCUCAACUCGAUCACCAGGAGAGGACCUUUCUUGGGCAACUCGGCGGGUGUGGUGGCUAUUGUGUACAACUGCGUCAACUCAUACAUUGGCUACGUCAGGGGGAAGCACGAUGCUGCCAACAUGAUUCUGGCGGGUGGCAUCAGCGGCGCGAUUUUCAAGAGCACAAGGGGUCUCCGGCCAAUGAUGAUUUCGGGUGGUCUCGUGGCCUCGGUGGCUGGUCUCUGGGCGAUCACCCGGCGCACAUUCUUCCCCACAAGCCAACCGCAACACAAGGAGCUCGAGAACCUUUAA